AUGGUGGGUAUUAGGGUAUGGGGCAUGGGGUAUCAUUAUGGUGGGUAUAGGGUAUGGGCAUGGAGUAUCAUCAUGGUGGUAUUGGGGUAUGAGAGUAUCAUCAUGACGGGUAUGGGUAUGGAUUAUGAGGAACACCCGAAACUGAAGGUGCUGCGGGACAUGCGCGAGGCGGGGCGCGGGGCCUUCCUCAGCUCGCACAAGGAGGCGCUGGAUCUCGUCAGGGGCGGCAAGCACGUGUACAUCGACGACAUGCGAAUCCUCGACUACCUGAUCCAGGAGGACUUCAAGGCCCGGCGCAGCAAGGGCGAGAAGGACCAGUGCCACUUCUACGCGACGCCCCUCGACAAGGACAAGGACUUCAUCUUCUGGUAUGGCUACGCCUUCAGGAAGAACAGCGAGUACAAGGACCUCUUCGAUGGCUUCUUCCGCCGCCUCUCCUACUUCGGGAUCCUCAACUUCCUCCACGACAACGCCACAGCCAGCACGCCCGUCUGCACGCAGGACAACGGCGCCGACGACCGCUCCCUCAGGAACAACGACCUCUUCACCACCUACGUCGUCGGGCUUGUGGGCACGCUGGCGGCGAUCGUGGCCUUCGUGUGUGAGAUCAUGUGUCGACGGUCGAGGAGGAAGAACCUGCCGAACGGAAAGAACUUCUCGUCGAACGUGACCUCGCAGUUCCGGCCGAUCCCCGCCAUCACCCACACCCCGCCCAACGCCCAGCAAACGCCCGUCGUGGGCUGGAGCGACGGCGCCAAUCUCCCCCCCUUUCCCCCCAGACGCCCGCGGACGCCCUUCGAGGUCCGCUACCCCGACUACGCCAACGCCCCCAGCUCCCAGCGGGCGGGGCGCAUGUAUACGGGCGGCCGAGGCUCCCCGGGCGUGAUCCAAGGUAAAAUUAACGAGACUGACGCCGUGUGGGAUCGGAGGACCAAUCAGCUGAUCCUCAAAGACCCUUCAGGUCUGAGGAAGAGCAUGGCUGUGAUUGGGGGCGUUCCCUAUACGUUCCUUCAGUACGUAGAUCACGAGGGACCCAAAGUGCAGAAGCUGAUCUUGAGAGAUCUUGUGUAACAGGCUAAGUGUGUGUGUGUGUGUGUGUGUGUGUGUGUGUGCAAGAGAGAUAGAGAGAGAAGAGGGAGAGGAAGCAUAGAUGAGCUACUGUGUUUUUGUUCAUAUGAAGAAGCACAUAAUCUGUAAGAGCAAAAACGUGGAUAUAAACAAUGAGAUAAGAUAUAGCGUAGUGCUGCAAAGACUCACACUUCGAUUUUGGUAGCCAUGUGCAUGUUAGACUGCUUGCACAGGGCACUGAUGAAGUCAGGAGUGACAGCACCUCGUGCAGAGUGCCGUGCCGCCUUCGCUGCCAUCCCUUCACGCCGUAGUUUGCAUGUGCAUUGCAUGGCCUUGUCCCCGCCCUUGGGAGAGCCUCACUGAGCGGGUGACGUCCUUGGUCCACAGCCUAAGACCGGGUGAUGGCGUGAGGGACGACGGCUGACCACGGCUGGCCUUGGCUGACCUCACCGGAAGCCUGCUGACCCCAAGAACCAGGCUGAGGGUCCGUCCCGCUGUCGGUUGGCUUCGAACGGCGGGCUGGAACGCAACGCUCAAAUGCAGCAAAGAUUAUGUGAAGGAUAUACGAACAUUUCCAGUGCAGUGGCAUGGGUGUGAAGAUCCGCGAAAGCAACAGUAACGGCACAAGUAGAACCAUUCCGACACGUAUUUUUUAGCUGUAAAAGACUAGAUGUAGAGAAGUGCAAUGUACAAAUCCCUCUUAUCCUUUCUCCUCCUUGCCUUCUCUUUCUUCCGCUGUCUUUUUUUUUCCUUCUCUCCAUCCUUCUUCACCUCCCAACUAUGUUUAAGAAUCUUCUCCCUUGGGCAUAAUACUGUUACAAGGAGGUGACUGAAGUGCAUACAUGAAUUAUAAAAGGAGAGAUUUCAGCCCACCUACACUCUUCACUCCCGCCCUCUCUUCCCCGUAGCAAGGCAAGAUUAGUAAGGAAUCGAUAUUAAGAUACAAAUCUCUUUUUUCUCUCUUCUCUUCCAAACCCUGUCAUUAGUGAAGUUUUUAUUUAGUACAAUAGUCCAUCUUGUUCACUAAUGAAUGGCACUUGUCCCUCAACACAGCUGGAGCCCCUGUUUUAGCUCUGUUAUCAAUGACUCUAGAUUUUAAGUACUUCUAGUGUAGAACACUCGGUACAAAUAGCUGUAACAGAUCUGAGUGUACACCUUAAGACCCCAGUGUACCUGCAGAGCACCCCUCCCUCCCCCAAGUUCACCUUCGUAGCCUUGUAGCCUCGUAGUCCCUUGUGUAGAUGUUUUAUGGCAGGAAAAAUGUAAG